UGGGGUUCUUAGGUAGUUGCCUACUAAUUCUUUCUUUUUUCUCUUCGCCGGGCUGACACUCUUCUCAUCUCCUCACCACCAAACGGUGCGCUCGUUUUCUUUCAUGGAUGCAAGGGUUUAUUUCUUUUUCCUUUCUAUCUAAAUGAUAUUCUCUCGUUGUCAUCAGUGAUUAAAUCUCUCUUAAUUGUCCUCCCCCCUCCCCUAUAAUAGUUGUCACAUCGGACGGGACGCUGGUGCAAUGUCUCAAUAGCCAAACCCCCCUCCUUCCUCUUGCGUUCUUUGUUAGUCCCGGUCUUUCAUUUCGGACGUCAUCCUCUCCGUUGGAAUCGCUUCAUUCUCUCGUCAUUCAUUCACCCAUCAUCCGUCGUGUAGAUCGCUGGCGCCCAAUUCCGACCGUGGCGCGCCAAUAUGCACUGUCAGGCUCCUCAGCGAAUUGCGUCCCGCUUCUCCCUGUACCUGUUGGCGACCAUCGCGAUAACAUCUGUCGCAGCAUCGGCGCUGCCUUCAGACGCUCAAUCGGACCCGUCACCUUUCCAGGGUGGAGAGAUCGUCGGUGUUGAUCAACAAGACCGAUCCGAUGGAGCUCCACCACAAGAUCAGGCACCGUGGGAGCAUCUGAUCGCCCACGAGGGGAAUCGGGGAAAGCAGGACUCGGACAAAGAGGGCGCGCACCAAUCGCAUUCGGACGCAUCAGAGGAAGAAAUUGGCGAAUACGACCUGUCCCUAUCGGGUCUGACACGGCGAUCCCCCAUCGACACAUCCACCAUCGACUCGGUUCCCCUACCGUUCGAUACCAGCAUCCUCAAGAAUUUCACUGUCGCAAGUUGCCCCAAGUUCUUCAAAAAAUUCCUCAACGAUAAGUCCAUCAAUGACUGCCAUGGCAUCUCCCUACUCCUGCACGACUCCACCUCUUUCUUUCACACACUCUCUUCGGCGCCCGCCACCUCCCGGAUUUUGGAUCAGUCCUGUAACGCGGACGUCAAAAAAUGUUCCACCACCAUGCGCAAAAUGGCCAAGGAUCUGAUCAAAGAUGACCACUGCGGGAAGGACUACCGAAACGGCAACCCGAACAUCGUCAAUGCAUACACCGACCUGAUCAUCUACGAGCCCGUCUAUCGCGCAAGCUGCCUCAAGAACCCGGACACGAAGGACUACUGUUUCGUCGACGCUGUCAAAAACCGAUCCAACGCGGCCAACUACGAUAUUUACUCCCUGCCAUACGGCGUCUCUCUUCUCAAAGACCCUUAUCCAGACUGUAACGAAUGCGUGCAGGCCUCUCUCGAUAUUUUCGGCCGGUGGGCAGAGGUCGAUGGCCAACCCCUCACGCGAUCGUAUCUGCAAUCGGCCAAAAACAUGAACGAAAAAUGCGGCGCGAAAUUCUCUAACACGAACAUCACGGCCGGCAGCGCUAAGAUGACCUCUGGGGCGUGGGAGACCGUCGGUCGGCCUGACGUGGCUCUGGUGAGCUGCUUCAUGGCACUCUGUCUUGGUGUCGCCUUCAUGGGCAUGGUGUAGAUUUUCCUUUCCCUUAGCUGGAUCCAUCCUGGUUCGAUCCUGUCCAUUUCAACAAGAAAGAGAUCGAAGAGGAGCACUCGCUUCCGUCCGGUCUCGCCAGCUGUCUUUACUAUCAGUUCACCUUGCAUGAAUACAGUUCUGACACGAAGUUUUUUUUCGGCUCCUUUCGGAUUAUGGUGGUAGAUAUGACAGCGAUUGCUUCUUCUUCUUCUUUUUUUCUUCAUUAACUUUUCUUCUUCUGUUUAUUUUUACUGUUCACUUUUUCUCUGAUGGAUAUAAGAUCUUAGCAUGUUUGACUUGAUUAGCAGAUACAGCGACAUCGCAUUCUAUUUCAUUUAAUACCACCACUUUUUUCUUUCACAUUACCAAAUAUUUCCAAUCCAACUAUCCAU